UCGGGAACCGGCAUCUUAAGCACGGAAAAAAUCAGCACGGAGAGAUCAGCACGGAAUAAUCAGCACGUAAAAGUUCAGCACAAUGAUUGAUAAGCACAAGAUCAAUUCAGCACGGGAAGAAUAAGCACAUUGAUCUGACACUCGUUUUUAUGUUUGUCUUUCAUUUUUUGUUGUAGUUCUUCUUCUCGUCUGUGUUCCUGUUCUUCAUGUGAUCUCUCUUUCCCUCUCUCAAUUAUUGUUCUCUUCUUUUUAUUAAUUGUACUGUUAGGGUCCUAGGACCAUCAGUUAAAAAAAAAUAAAAAUAAAAAAAAAAAAAAAAAAAAAAAUAAGCACAUUGAUUAAUCAGCACAAAGAUUGCGUUAAAUAGAAUGGAUAAUAUCUGUUUAUGAUUAUCAAGAAAACAGUAGAGUGAAAUUGGAUUAGAUUAAGUUAUAACACAGUAAAGAUGAGCCAAUUAAUUCUCACAACUAUAAUAAUGUUACGAAAGACAACUCUUUCAUUAUAUUCUCAUUGUUCCAAUAUGACAACAAUUUCGAGUAACGGUACAACGAAAAACAAGUCACGUCUCGAUCAUGAUGGAUAUUCUUACAUCAUCGAUCGAUCUACAAGUGAAAAAACCUAUUGGCGAUGCAUUAAAUACUUCUCAGAUCGUUGUCACUCUCGUCUUCAUACCUGUGUUUCCACUAAUGCUAUUGUGAAACCACCAAGUGAACACACAUGUAAAGUCGAUGGUACAACACUUGAACUCAGAAUCUUCAAUCAACAUAUUGCUCAUCGGGCUGUCAAUACUCAAGAAACACCUGACAUCAUCAUCACAAAUUGUUAUAGAGGCAUGUCCGACCCAUCGAUUGCUCGUUUACCAGUACGUGAUAAUAUUAAACGACGAAUUAGAAUGUUGCGACAUAAUAAUCAAGUGGUGAAAGAACCAAAUGAUCCAAACUUUUCUUCUGUGCCUAUUCAAUUGACCAAAACUGCACGUAAAGAUCAGUUUCUUCGCUGUGAUACAGGACCAGGGGAGGAUCGGAUCCUGAUAUUCGCAAGUGAUGAACAAGUAGAUGUUUUACAAGAUACGGAAGAAUUUCUCGUGGACGGAACAUUUAAAGUCGUUCCUGACAUAUUUUAUCAGUUAUAUAUCAUCCAUGGUAUAUUUCGUGAUCAUGCAAUUCCAUUGAUUUACGCUUUAUUACGUCGAAAAACUAAUGAAACAUAUCAACAUCUUAUCCGUGAAAUACUCAACAUUGCUCCUCGUUGGUCUCCACGUGCUAUUAUGCUCGACUUUGAACAAGCUUCGUUUGGUGCUUUCCAAGCAACGUUUCCUAAUGUAUCAUUAUCCGGAUGUUAUUUUCAUUUAAGACAGAGUAUUCAUCGAAAACUUAAGGAAUUGGGACAUCAAAAUCAAUACCAGACAGAUCCGAUCUUUGCACAUAACAUUCACAAGAUAGCUGCUUUGACAUUUUUGGAACCAAAUUCUGUCGUCAAUGGAUUCGAACGUUUAUCAAUGGAACUCGGUCAUAAUUAUGAUGAAAUAAUGGACUACUUCGAAGGAACGUAUAUUGGAAGACUUCGAUCAAAUCAAACGCGAAGAAAACCUCUGUUUGAAAUUAAUUUCUGGAACAUGCACGAAAGAACAACUCAAUCCUUAAUGAGAACGAAUAAUUCUGCCGAAGCUUAUCAUCGAAGAAUUGGCUCAGUAUUUCAAUGUGCUCAUCCAACGCUAUGGGUUUUUCUUCAAAAAUUAAUCGAUGAAGAAACUGCAACUCAUGCGGAUAUUUUACAGAUCUGUGCUGGUCAACCACCAAAAAAGAAAAAAAUAAAUGAACGAUUUGAAAGACGGCUGUUGAAUCUUCUAGCGAAUCCUCAUCGAGAUGUUUUGGUUCAAAUUGAUUCAAUUGCUUACAAUAUUUCUUUGUAA